AUGAGAAGUGAGGCUGAUGGUGUUCCUCACAGAAAUGCCAAGCCGGCCUUCGACGCCGCGGUGUGGGCUGUGUACUCCGGCGGGCUGCAGCUCUACGCCCUGACCCUCUCCGGCAUCACGGGACAGCUCGCGCGAGAUCUGCGCCAGGACUGCCUCCGCGCCCUGCGCGCGGCCGGCGCCUGGGUCCCGGACCACAACGAGCACGUCGCGGCCAUGCGCAACGACAAAGCCCGGCUGGCGUGGUCCGCACGCCGGAGGAGCACAGCCCCAGCCGCCAGCAAGGGUGUCAGGGGCAUGGACAACCCCGCGGACAGCCUCGACGGCAGCCUCGGCGACACCCUUCGGGACACCCUAGUGUGUCCGGAGCUCCGGGACCCCCACGGUGACAUCCUAGGGUGUCCCGAGCUCCGGGACCCCUGGCGUGCGAGCAGCCCUCGCGACGAGUUCUGCUGGCGGCGGUUACGGGUGCGCCACAUGGUGCUGGUGGACAUGGGCUGCAUGGCCUCCGCCAUCACCAGCUGGCAGGUCCUGGUCAUGAUCAUCUUCAGCGUGACCUACUCGGCGACAUGCGUGUCCACGACCGCCGGAACCCUUUCCGACCAGCAAAACGGCCCGGUCGACCCUCCUGCAAAACCAACAUCGUUUUUAUUACUUUUUGUUUGUGGCCAUCCUGCACUCUAUGCUCGAUAG